AUGUCUUUGUCCUCGAGUUUGGGAUCCAUCCGGUCGAUGCUUCCAGCAGCCAUUGCAAAUGCCAGCCCAGCCGUUAUUCUAGCUGCGGGCUUUACUUUAGCUCCCCUAUGCUCAUUCCUCAUCUACGUGAUCUACAACCUUUAUUUUCACCCACUUGCCUCAUUUCCUGGCCCGAGGUUGAAUGCAUCAACGCCAUUCCCUCUGUAUCGAGCAAUCUUGUGUGGGAACUUGCCUAUGUACACAGAAAGAUUGCAUGCCAGAUACGGCGAGGCUGUACGUAUCGCUCCAGGCGAAGUAACCUUUAUCAAUCCGGAUGCAUGGAAAGACGUCUACGCCAUUCGCCCGGGUAAAGCGCAGAAGCCCAAAGACCAGCGCCAUGUUUCAGUGGGGCCAAAUCAUAUUCCCAGCAUCUUAAGAACAGAUGAUCAGACGCAUGCGAGAUACCGGCGAUCCCUCUCGCACGGCUUCUCAGAGUCCAGUCUUCAGAAACAGGAAGUUAUAGUUAAGGGCUACAUCGACAUGUUGAUCCAGCGAUUGCAAGAACUCUGCAAACCCGGAAGUACGGUUGUCGAUAUGACAAAUUGGUACAACUACACAACUUUCGACAUCAUUGGCGAUCUUGCCUUUGGUGAAUCCUUCGGCUGUCUCGAGAAUUCCAAGUAUCACUUCUGGGUCUCCGUCAUCUUUAGCCACUUCCGAACCGCAGCAUGGGCUAACAUCAUGCGCCGUGUGCCCUUCGGCCAAUAUCUGAUGAAAUGGAUCGUUCCGACGAAAGUGCAAGCGGAGAAAACGGCACAGAAUAAGAUGACUCACGAAAAGGUUCGAGCCCGUAUCAAUUCUGGAGACAAUGGCCGACCCGACUUCUUGAGCAACGUUCUCAAGCAGCCUGCCGAAAAGGGCAUGAGUGAGGAUGAGCUGGUUUCAAAUUCUUACGUGCUAAUCAUCGCUGGUUCGGAGACCACCGCUACAUUGCUUUCCGGUGUGACGUACUAUAUCCUUACCGUACCUGGAGUCAUGGACAAGUUGAAAGCAGAGAUUCGAGGAGCUUUCGCGGCAGAAGCGGAGAUUACCUGGUCGGCGGUUAACCAGCUUCCCUAUACUCUAGCCGUCUUGAAUGAGGGCUUGCGGAUGUAUCCACCUGUCCCUUUUGGCUUCCCGCGCAUGGUUGAGGGCCUGGGCGAUUUUGUUUGCGGUAGAUGGAUCCCUGGAGGAACAUCUAUUGGGGUACCUAUUCUAGCCGCUAACCGGUCUGACACCAACUUCCACAAGUCUAAGGAAUUCAUUCCCGAAAGAUUUAUGGGAGAUCCCGAAUUUGAGUCCGAUAAGAGGAAUGCAGUGCAACCAUUUAGUGUCGGCCCGCGCAACUGCUUAGGGCGAAACUUGGCAUAUGCAGAAAUGCGAUUGAUUCUGGCUCGUAUGAUCUGGAACUUCGACAUGGAGAUUGCGCCCGAUUCCUGGAAUUGGAUAAAUCAAAAGGCGUAUGUCGUGUGGGAGAAACCCGCUCUGAAUGUAAGAUUAGCACCGGUAGCACGUGUUUAA